AAUAUAUAAAAUUGGUAGAGAAACAGCAAGAAAUGCACGUGAACUUUUAUAUACAAACUUCGAGGACCUCAGUGUCAUUGCAAACCAAACCACCCAUUGUAGAGAGAAAGAAGAAACAAAAAACAACCUGUGAAACAGAUGAAGGUGCAAGGUUGUGAGGUUGAAGCCAUUGGCAUAAACUACAAGAUCCACACAAACAAAACAGAACACCCUUUUAAAAUCUUCAGCAAAUCACCACAGCUAGAUAGUACUGAUGGUCAAGAAACAGAAGAUGAGGAAGAAGGAACAAGAGGUGAAAAAAGUUGCAGUGGAGUGAGGCGUGUACUCAAGAAUGUGAGUUUUCAUGCAAAACCAUGGGAGAUUCUGGCAAUUGUUGGACCAAGUGGAGCUGGAAAGUCAUCACUACUUGAGAUCUUAGCAGGUAAACACACUCCACAAAAAGGGUCAGUGUUGUUGAACCAGAAACCUGUUGAAAAAUCUCAGUUCAGAAAGCUAUCAGGUUAUGUUACUCAAAAGGAUACUUUGUUUCCCUUACUUACAGUUGAAGAAACCAUGAUGUUCAGUGCAAGGCUAAGGCUAAAACUUCCUCAACAACAACUAUGUUCAAGGGUCAAGUCGCUGAUUCAAGAGCUUGGACUUGAUCAUGUUGCUGGGACUAGAAUUGGCGACGAUCGAGUUCGAGGUAUAUCAGGCGGGGAAAGGCGCAGAGUUUCUAUUGGUGUAGAAAUCGUGCAUGAUCCAAAAGUUUUGAUUCUUGAUGAACCAACUUCUGGGCUUGAUAGUACUUCAGCUUUGCAAAUUAUUGAUAUGCUUAAGGUUAUGGCUGAAACUAGGGGAAGAACUAUAAUACUAAGUAUUCACCAACCUGGUUUCAGAAUUGUGAAGCUGUUCAAUUCAUUGUUGUUGUUGGCUAAUGGUUCUGUGCUACAUCAUGGAAGUGCUGAUUUACUGAGUUUGAAUUUGAGAUUAAUGGGUCUAGAGCUUCCUCUUCAUGUCAAUGUAGUUGAAUUUGCUAUUGAUUCUAUUGAUACCAUUCAGCAACAACAACAAUGUCAGGUGGAAACCGAAACGCCGAGGCUAUUGCAAGGGACAAUGCAACAGAAGAAAGGUGCUGAUAAUGAACAACAACCAGGUGAGAGUAAAAUUGGUAAGUUCACUUUGCAGCAGCUAUUUCAACAAUCUAAAGUAAUUGAUGAAGAUACCAUCAAUAAUAAAGGAACUGGAGUGGAUUUCACUUAUGAUUUUGCGAAUUCUAGAUUGAGAGAAACUAUGAUUCUAACUCAUAGAUUCUCCAAAAACAUAUUUCGUACAAGAGAGCUAUUUGCAUGUAGGACGAUUCAGAUGCUAAUUUCAGGACUAGUUUUAGGAUCAAUCUUUUGUAACCUCAAAGAUGAUCUAAAAGGAACAGAAGAAAAGGUUGGUCUAUUUGCUUUCGUAUUAACCUUUCUGUUAUCAAGCAGCAUAGAAGCUCUCCCAAUUUUUCUACAAGAAAGGGAAAUUCUCAUGAAAGAAACAUCUUGCGGAAGCUACCGCGUGUCAUCUUAUGCUAUUGCAAAUGGACUAGUUUAUUUGCCAUUUCUUCUAAUCCUAGCCAUUUUGUUCACAGUUCCUUUAUACUGGCUUGUUGGUCUCAACACAAACUUCACUGCUUUUCUGCACUUUCUGUUACUGAUAUGGCUUAUUCUUUAUACAGCUAAUUCAGUUGUGGUGUGUUUCAGUGCUCUUGUGCCUAAUUUCAUUGUUGGGAAUUCAGUGAUUAAUGGUGUUAUAGGUUCUUUCUUUUUGUUCUCUGGUUACUUCAUAUCAAACCAUGAGAUUCCUAGUUACUGGAUUUUCAUGCAUUAUAUAUCACUUUUUAAGUAUCCCUUUGAAGGGUUUCUGAUCAAUGAGUUCUCAAACUCGACAAAGUGUUUGGAGUACAUGUUUGGUACAUGUGUGAUGAAGGGAGAGGAUGUGCUUAAAGAAGAAGGGUAUGGAGGGGAAGGUAGCAGAUGGAAGAAUGUUGGUGUCACUGUUGGCUUCAUCAUGGUUUACAGAUUCAUUUCUUAUGUUAUUCUGAGAUACAAAUGCUCAGAGAGAAGGGUCUAGAGGCUAUGAACAGGUACAACAUCAAGAUGUUCUAUGGAAUGUCACGACAUGCUCUGUGACAUCAGUACUUGACAGCAGUUACUGUUAUAUUUAGCUGUCACGCGCCUGCUGAGCUGGAAUAUAAAGAUUCAGUAAGUACUCAAAAGAUGCAGAAUAUUCUAUGGAAUAUUAUGCAGUCCUAUGUGGCGCAGGUUUAAAAGAAUCAAGAUUAGAAUAUUGGAGAAUUAUGCAGUUUCCAAUUAUGAAGAUAAAUUAGGAAACUUAUGAUUGAAGACCUUGUUUUUAGCAGAAAGUUUUCUGUGAGUUGUAACAGCAAAUAAUGCUGUGAUUGUAAGCCCAAGUCCAGUUGGGAAUAGGUUAUAAAUAGGAAACUUUGUAACCUAGUUUAUUAAGCUAGCCGGCGUUUAGAAAGAUGUAACCAUUAGGGUUAGCCGUGUAGGUGAACCUCCCGGUUUGUGGGAAGGUCACUGAUUUGUGCCUCGAAGCCUGUAGGUAAGAGGUUUGUUUUAUUCACUCAGAAGUUGUGAAGCAAUGAGUGGAGCUGUGUUCUUGGAGGAAGCUUUGAAGCAACUCUAAGUUAUGUU